GGUGCCAACGGGAACAGGUGUGGUGUUUAAUAGCUCCAGCUUUGUCACUGGUUGGGUAUAGAUAGGCAGCGCACCUCCUCGCGCCCCACCGGCCGUCGGUCAUCUCGAGCGCUGCUGCACGAGACGCUGAAGCACCAGAGGAGCGCGGGAGGACCACGAGCCCGGACCCGGUCUUCUUCUACUCCUUCUCCCUCCUGGUAGUUUUUUUUUUUUUUUUUUUUCUGGAGCAGCGGGGAGGAAGCGGAGCCAAAAACUCCAGCAGCUCUUCAUCAGCAAGGUGAGGAAGAGGAAGAGGAGGAGGAGGAGGAGAGGGGAGAGGAGACAGACAGACAGACAGACAGACAGACAGACAGACAGCAGCAGUAUCUUGGCGCAUUGGAGCUUAUGGAUUAUUGAGAAGUGGAGGCCGAAACGCGGAUGAAAUAUUCAUAAGGACUUUUUAAAGAGAGAAACACAGAGUGUGAUAGUGCACGGAGCCCCUGCAGUGAUUCACCUGCCCGGUCCAGCGCUGCGUGCGCUCCCACUGACCGGAGACCGGAGAGGCAGCUGCUCCUGCUGCUGCUGCUGGAAAACACGUUCUGCAUCUAGCGUGUGUGUGCAGUGUGUGUGUGUGUGUGUGAGAGAGAGAGAGAGCGCGCGAGUGUGUGUGUGUUUGGAAAGGAGCCCCCCUGCUGCAGUAUACUUGCCUGCUGUACGGGUACAGGGAUGCCACCGACUUUCUGACGGACGCACGGCAUCCGCACCCCUCCUCCUCCUCCUCCUCCCCUCCCCGGACGGACAGCCGCACCGACCCCUGCCAUCCCCACUAAUAUGCAAUGGUUUUUUGUGCAGAAGCCGACAGCUGCCGCGUACCGCCGACUUCACGCUAGCGCCGCCGCAUGCCUGUCCGCCGCUGCCGCUCCUCUCCCCGCGCCGCGCGGCAGACGACGCCAUUUGAAGAGGAGCGCUCGGGGGCUUUUCACGCCGCGGCGGCCGGGCGGCAGCAGCAGCGACCCGUCCUCCGCCGCUGAGGACCACCGGCCGCUGGGGCAGCCCGGGGAGGAGACCGCGGAGAAAAGCGCCGCAGCGGUCGCUCUUUUCCUGCCGCACGGGGACGACGUCGACGCGGAAUACGUGCGGUUGCUGGUCUCCGGGCUUGUGGAGGAACCGGGCGAGAAACCGGGCGACGAGCCGGGCUUUCUGCUCUUAUUCUUGUCUAUGGUGCAGAUUGGGGGGCCGAAGCACCGCCGAACUGAGCCCAACAGCUGGCCGGCUCUGCUGGCAUGCAAACAAGGGGGCGGACCAGCCUCCAUGCGGUGGGUGAAUUUUAGGCUGCCGCAUCCGGAGCGCCUCUCGUCCCCCACCUCCUCUUCCUCCUCCUCCUCCUCCUGCACCUCAUCCUCCUCCUCCCCCGUCUCGGCCAAAUCCAUGCGGUUUAUUUGGAACAACAUUUUCAGCAAAGGAUCGCAUAUGCUGCAGUGUCUUUGUGGCAGGAGCCUCAAGAAAAACAAGAACCCAACUGAACCACAGCUGAAGGGCAUAGUGACCAGGUUGUUCUGUAGGCAGGGCUUCUAUCUCCAGAUGGGCCAGGAUGGAAGUAUGGACGGGACCAAAGACGACAGCACCAACUCCUCUCUGUUUAACUUAAUUCCUGUGGGUCUGAGAGUCGUGGCCAUCCAAUCAGUCAAGACUGGCCUCUACAUUGCCAUGAACGGAGAGGGUCACCUCUACUCAUCGGAACUGUUUACAGCGGAGUGUAAGUUUAAGGAGUCGGUGUUCGAGAACUACUAUGUGAUCUACAGCUCUAUGCUCUACAGACAGAAGGAGUCGGGCCGGGCCUGGUUUCUGGGCCUUAAUAAAGAAGGACAGGCCAUGAAGGGCAACAGGGUCAAAAAGACCAAACCAGCUGCACACUUCCUGCCUAAACCUAUAGAAGUCGCAAUGUACCGAGAGCCUUCGUUGCACGACGUAGGGGAGGCGGUGCCUAAACUCGCCGGGGGCCCGCCUUCGAAAAGCACAACCAGCGAACCAGUGGUCAUGAAUGGCGGCAAACCAGUCAGCAAACCCGACAAGGAGGAGACAUAACCCCGCCCCCUGCUUUUUACCCCGCCUCUGACCACACCAAAGGCCAGAAAAAGCCACAGACUUCGCCCCACUGCUUUGCUCUCAAAACAAACUGCAAGAAAAGUGAACUGAACCAACAACAGCUCGAGUUCUGACUGGUGGCAGUGGGGCCGCACUUCCCAGCCUAACCUCUCUCCCUAUUGGACGGUGUUGUGGGACGGGGCCAGAAGGACAGAGCGUUGCAGCUGGUGGCGGGGGAAGAGGAGGACGAAGACAACAAAGCCAGGCCGAUGCCAGCCACAUAUUUUGGAACUGGGGCGGUGGCAUAACCUCGCAUGGGAGGCAAAGUGACUUCCUGAAAAGAUAAAGGAAACAAAGAAAAACAGAAAACAAAUGUCGUCUUCACCGGUAUUUUUCUGUGACAAUCUGUAAGGAUGAGGCCCCCCUUUUUUCCUCUCUUAUAGUACUGUUUUCUGUUGCCAGGUAUGCUUGUUGGUGGCCACAGACGCACACACACACACACAAACACACGCACACAACUCCCACGCAAAAAAAUCGACUACCCGGAUUCGAUCUGUGAGUAAGUAAACAAAAAAAAAAAAAAAACAGAUUAAAAACAUCAGCAAACAUUGGGCGAAGAGAGCACUUAAAACUCCAAACACUGAUCCUUCAGUGGGUGCUUAGUCAUCCAUCAAUUAAGAUCUGGCAGAGGACAUUUUGUGCUAAGCUCACAGUGUACAUGAAAAUGGCCCUGUGCACACAUCUUACAACCCGUCCCCUUAAUUUCAAUAACAAUAGCUGUUAUAAACAAGGAAGUUCUUAUUUGACACCACAUAGCUUAAAGCAUGUUCGUCUUCUCAGUGUUUCGUUAUUAUCAAUGUGUUAGGUGGUUUAUUAUUCUGCACACAGAGCACUAGUGAUUAUCAAGCUAGAUUGUUGUACAGACAAUUUUAGUCUCCUUGUCCAACAAGUUUUUUUUUUCGUCCCUUUUACGAACACUACGAUUUCCCCAUCGCUGACACGCGUAUUGGUCAGGAGAGGAGAUCAAUUGUCAGACGAAGAGUUCUGGCAUCAGUUUGCUCAGAUUAGCAUGGCUGAGUGCUGAAACGUGAACAAUUUCCCUGUUUGUAGCAACAUGGAGUAUACAGGAGGCAUGCUGGUGUUCAGUGAACAUGGUAGCAGUCAGUGUUUACAUGGAAUAGCAGAUAUUGUAGACUGAGGUUUGACAGAGGGAAGGUCAAACUUCAAGAACGGUCCGGUGUCGUUCUCAGUUUUCAUCUCUGUUGCUUCCCCAAGUACUUGAAAUUAAAGGUAGGAAUGAGGGUAAUAGUGAACAGGGUAAUAAUGUUAAAGCCACUAUGUGUAGAAUAGUAACAUUUCUUACUUCACUGCCCUGUGAUACUUUCAAAAAAGGCACUGUGGUAGACAGAAAACACUCCACUUUGCCCCCACAAGUUCUCUAGUCCCCGGAACAGGAUCCGGGGGCUAGAGAUCUUUCAGUCCAAGUACAGAAGUAUUAUCAGUAGAAAGUACUGAAGAAAAUACAUACAUCUGUAUGUAACAUUAUAAGAUUGUUGAUAUACGUCACUGUGCAAAUUCCCUUGUACUGGUAAAACACAAUUCAAUUCAGGGUCCCUUACAAAAGCCAGAGGAGAGAAAGAGGAAGAGGAAAGAAUUAAAAAAUUAAGUUCUGCGGCAGAAUGUGAACGCCUUUUUGUUGAAAUGUUAGAAAAUGUCAUAUCAUUAUACAGCAGUUUUUAAAUUAAACCAUCUGAAAGGCUGAUCAAAGAUCACACCAUUUAGGUACUGAUGACUCAUAGAUGACGAGGGAUGGAGUCAUUCCUACGUUCAUGGACCCUGUCUUAGCAGGUUCUUAUGUACCUAGAUUCCCAUUUUGCCAAGAUCCUACGUUCCAGGGCUGUAUGUUCCCAGGGCUGUAUGUUCCCAGGGCUGUAUGUUCCCAGGGCUGUAUGUUCCCAGGGCUGUAUGUUCCCAGGGCUCUAUGUUCCCAGGGCUCUAUGUUCCCAGGGCUCCAUGUUCCCAGGGCUGUAUGUUCCCAGGGCUCUAUGUUCCCAGAGCUCUAUGUUCCCAGAGCUCUAUGUUCCCAGGGCUCUAUGUUCCCAGGGCUCCAUGUUCCCAGGGCUCUAUGUUCCCAGGGCUGUAUGUUCCCAGGGCUGUAUGUUCCCAGGGCUCUAUGUUCCCAGGGCUCUAUGUUCCCAGGGCUCCAUGUUCCCAGGGCUCCAUGUUCCCAGGGCUGUAUGUUCCCAGGGCUCCAUGUUCCCAGGGCUCUAUGUUCCCAGGGCUGUAUGUUCCCAGGGCUCUAUGUUCCCAGAGCUCUAUGUUCCCAGGGCUGUAUGUUCCCAGGGCUGUAUGUUCCCAGGGCUGUAUGUUCCCAGGGUCCUAUGGUCCCAGGGUCCUAUGGUCCCUUAACUAAGGACCCUGGGAACAAGGACAUGCUCCCCAAGGGAAACCCUGGUUUAAUCUUAACAGUUACUUAUGUGUUUUUAAUGCAAGCUUAUUCAACAAACUAAAUAAUGAAUAAAGUUGAAAAUGAAUAGCUAAUGUUAAAUUGCAUUAAAUGUUAAUGUCAAUAUUGUUCUCUGAAAUGUAGUGGAUUAGAUUAUGAAGUAGCGUGAAAUGGAAAUACUCAAGCGCUGCAAAAUGUUGCUGAAGUACAGAAGCUGAGUAAAAAUCAGUAUGCGGUUACUGUAUGUUCCCCCACUAAAUGAAGAUGAGUGUUUCGCUCGAGAUGAUCCGACUGGAUCAGCACGAUACAUCGCUCCUGCCAACAUAAAUAGUAGUUCUAAUUAUUCUGUCAUAUAUCGGGGAGGCAAAUUAUGUUUUUCCCAUGAUAUGGGGUUGUGCCCCCCCAGUCCCCGGGGGAGCUACGCCUAUGUGAUUUGACAAACAAGCUGUUAUUUUAUAUGUGACCCCCAUCACCCGCUGGGUGACCAUUUUCAUCACCUGGGUGUGGCUAGCUAAUGGUGAGUGAUUCUUAAAUUAUUCAUUCUUAACUCUCCUUUUAAAAUGUACAUGCAUUACCAAAGUGUUGUUUAAAUCAAUGAGAGUUAAUUAAACACAAAUUUAAUUGAUAAAAUAACUUUAUGAUGAUCUUUUAUUAAUGAAUAUGAAUUAUGGUUAAUAUAUAUUAGGGACUGUUGUUGAUUGACAGCUGUUGUGCGUCACAGUGCCCCUCGCACACAGUAAGGCCUCCAGGAUGAGGAACAGUCGGCACAUGUGAAACACUUACUAACUUGACAUCAACAUCUUCCAAAUGUUGUUUAUUUCACAGAUCUGUGUUUCCUGGCGUAUAACUAUCAAAUGACUGCGUUCGCUGCAACUGUGCAACGUGCACGUGUGGCAGCAGGGCAGUUCUGCGAGAAUGAUAAUCAUCUACCCAGUGCUUAUUGUUAUACUUAUUGAACUGACAUAUUCAGGUAAGCGUAGUUUCUCAUUUAUACGCUUGACGCUUUACUCGUGUGUGUGAACUGGUAGAUAUGAUUCGUCAGUAGCGAGAAAAACAAAAUGCAACAUAAGAUCCUAAAGUGAAAAGACAGAGUCCUCUCCAUUUCUAAGCUUUACCAACCAGUGUGUAGAAGCACAAAAUAAUAUUUUAGUUUCAAAGUUAUAAGGAGGCGUACUCUCCUCUCCUCUCUGUUGAUACGCUCUAAUCCACACGUAAUCCACAAAAUAUGGCCUAGGGUCAAGUUCCAGCCUGCAGACCAUCUUAGCCUUCCUUAUGACAUCCUCACAAUAAUAAAAACAGCCACUGAGAAACCAAUAAGAUGCAGCACGUCAGUGAAUCUCAAGGUGAAUGACGACACUGAGUCUGCGUUGCUGUUAAGCUUGAUUCCAACAGAGGGCCUCGUCUACAUUUUGAUUGGAUAACAGCCCUCGAGUUGACUGUUGCUCACUCAACUCAAGUGACAAGUGACAUUAGUGGUUGUUGAGAUGGAGACACUAUUGAACUUCAGCAAGCCACAUUACAGAUUCAUCACGACUGACUGAUACAAACCUGUCCUCUCGUUGAAACCAAUAUUUAAAAAAAAAAAAAAAAAAAAAUCAGCAAUGGCAGUCCUGUUUCAGCAACCGAGGUGCGCCGCUGCUAGGUGCGCAUAGGGAAACACUGCACAUAGUGGCUUUAAAUUAGCUGACCAAUUAAAUAUGGAUGGCUACUAAAAAGUAUUAGGAAUAUGGUUUGUGUACAAAAUCACGGAAACCACUAAAAAUAGACAGCGCACGCUGACACAUGAAGCGUGCCAUGGAAUCAAACGUGUUUGUUUCGAAACGAGGAGGCGACGAGGCAGAGAAACAAACGCCCUGAAACCAAACCAAACCAAAUAGAUCCCCGUGCUUUGCCCUCUCACUGUGACAGUCGACACGGCACCGAUCCAUUAUGGAUUUGAGUCCUGUUCGACACCCAGGCUUUCUGUUUUCUCGUCUUUCUCCGACGGCAGGACUCGACACCUGUUAACUCCUUAGACGGUCCGUUGUAUCACUGAGGAGAUAUUGAUACUGUGAUCCCACACUUCAUACCGCAUUAGCGUUAGUGACAAUGUAACAGAAACCGUGCGUCCUUCUUCCUUUCGAAUCCCAAUUCUGGCUGGGGAGCAAACACUCAGCAUUUUAAUCAGAUCAUUAAAACAGCAUCACAUUUGCUGACGACGAGUGACCUCCACCGACGUUACCGAAACUACAAAGAAACAACGAGACGAAGCGGUUGCCCUCGAACAGAAAACAAGGCCGCGUGAUUCAUCCACAGUCGUUGCAUCCGACAUCAAACAAGCCCCAGCCUCUGCAACAGGUGUGUGUCUGAGUAUAGCAGGGUGAAAACACCGCGCUGCUGCACACGAGCGAAGCCGCUUGAACGUAUUUAAUGUUGGCCCACUGUGCAGCACAGAGGACACACUCCACAGCUGAUCUGUGGAAAAAAACCCCACAAAGACAGCUCACAGUGUUUCUAAUUGGCAUUUCUCACAUACAGCACAUACUUCUCUCCUUCUCUGAUCUCAUUAGCUGCCUUUUUGUUCUAUUGUAUGUCGCUGACAAGCUCACGCACUCGGAUGUGAACUUAACUAGUCUAAUGUGCCCAUCCUUGACUACUGUUAUGACAGAAAAAGAAUUUGAUGAAGCCAAAAUGUCAAUGAAAUGUAUGUGGGGGGGGGGGGGGAAAGUCAGCUUCAAGAGUGUUAUUAUUUGCAUUUUUUGAAUUUCUGUGUCACCAAACUGUAAUCUUGAUGCUGAAGAGUACAUGUGAACUGUAUAGGAUCAUCAGAAAAGUGUUAUUAUUGCUGGGCAGUACUGUAGAUUCUUGCUAUGUGAGUGCCUCUCAUCCCUAAGCUCAAAAGAUGCUCAGCCUUCCUGGGGUCCAGCACGAUUUCCAAAUUCUCAAAGUUGCUCGACUUCGGCCGUCCUGUCCAACAUUGCUGGCCACGAGGGAGAAGUCUUCUGACCGUGUUGUGCUUGUCUCAAGUCAAAGAAAUGUGGAUGUAACAUUUGUUGAUGACCUGCUGUGUCACACUAGGGGUUACUUGCAAAACAGUGAGAAAAAAAAAAAAAAAAAGAAGAAACCCUGA